AUGAACAUCGCUCACACCAUCUUCGGCGUUUUCGGAAAUGCAACCGCUCUGUUUCUGUUCUUGGCUCCUUCGAUAACAUUCAAGAGAAUCAUCAAGAACAAAUCGACUGAGCAAUUCUCUGGCAUCCCUUACCCUAUGACUCUCCUCAACUGUCUCCUCUCCGCCUGGUACGGACUUCCAUUUGUGUCCAAGGACAACACGCUCGUGAGCACAAUCAACGGAACAGGAGCACUAAUCGAGACAAUCUACGUGCUCAUCUUCCUUUUCUACGCACCGAAGAAGGAAAAAGCUAAGAUCUUUGGUAUCUUCACCGCCGUAUUGGCCGUAUUCGCGACGGUGGCUCUCGUCUCUCUCUUUGCCCUCCAUGGAAACGGUAGAAAACUCUUCUGUGGUAUUGCAGCCACCGUCUUCUCCAUCAUCAUGUACGCUUCUCCACUCUCCAUCAUGAGAUUGGUGGUAAAGACGAAGAGUGUAGAGUAUAUGCCAUUCUUCUUGUCUCUGUUCGUCUUCCUUUGUGGUACCUCGUGGUUCGUCUAUGGUCUUAUCGGUCGUGACAUUUUCGUUGCACUACCAAAUGGGUUUGGAUGUGCUUUAGGGACACUGCAAUUGAUUCUCUACUUCAUCUACUGUGGAAACAAAGGCGUGAAAACUACAGAUGCCGAGAAGGACGAGAAGUCGAUGGAGAUGAAAGGAGAUGAAGAGAAGAAGCAGCCAAAUGUGGUUAUUGGAAAGCAAGAGCAGCAAGUUUGA